AUGUAAAUUCAUGAGGAGGCCAGUGACAUAGAUAGAUUACUGUUUUUGUCAAAGAAUAUCGAGAAGAAAAAGAAGAGAAUGAGGAAUAUGAUUUUCUUUUUUAUUGCUAUGAUUACUUUUGUAUCACUUGAAUCAUCAAUAAAUGGGAGAUGUUUUUUUAGAGAUGAUAAAUUAAUAUAUUUAUGCAUUGAUUUAGUAAUGUAUUUAGGAGUACUUGCGAUUGUCUUGAUGGAAAUAGUAAUAUAGUAAAAAAAAAUUGUUAAAAAGUACCAAAAGCAAAUAAGAUUAAGGGCCUUAAUGUGCUCACUUAAUAUCUAUCAAAGUUUUGUAGUGUUAAUUUAAAUUUUGAGUCUCUAUCAUGUUGGGGUGUAAAUCUACUUUUUUUCUUUCCAUUUUAACCAAGAUUGUUUUUAUUUUAAGAAUAGAAUUAACGAAGAAAGUUUCAAGUUCCUCAAGAUUACAAUAUUCUUACUAUUUAUAACUAUUGAGACAGUGGUGUUAUGCUUCUUGGGAUGGGUUUUAAGGGAGAAUUACAAAGCAUAAAAGAAUCCUCUUAAAUUUACCUAGAGCUCUAUAUUGUUUAGAAGUUAGAGCAAUGAUAUUGUACUACAUUUCUAUGGAGGACCGAUUGAUUAGAAUUGA